AGGAUGACAGGGCUUAAAGAAGAAAUGUAGCUUCUUCCCUGCUGGGAACUGCAUGUUUCUGGAAUCUCCACACUGAAGAAAUACUGUGAAGGCGUGAUCCAUCCCACCUGCAUAUUCAAAUAUGAAGUUCUUCUGGAUAAUCCCAUUUUUCCUGCUGCAAGCUGAGGCAGAGCACAAGUACCUCCCAACCACCCUGGCCAGCACACACGUGGAUGAGCACACAGCAGGCAAUGUUACCCUUCCACUGGGCUUGGAACCGGAACAGCUGGAGGAGCUGCUCUGGUUCUUCCGCAGAGAAGACCCCUCAACAUGGAAUUACUCUGUUCUUGCGCUUUCCCUUGCAACCAUGAUUUUGGGUCUUGUUCUUCUGGCCAUUAACAUUGUGCGAAACAGGAAAAGGAAGAUCCUCGUAAACGGAGAAGCAUCACAAACCACACAGGAGGCGGACCUGGAUGCCAAGCAAGCCCUGAUGCCUGUGCAGGAAUACAGCCCGGUCAAGCCACUAAAGCAGGAGCCAGGGCCCCAGGCCCAGAGACCAGGGGAUGUGACAGUGCAGUGGAAGGACGGGACUGUCACAUCCCUGUACACAGAGAUGUCUGAGGAGGCCAUAUAGUGGCAGCUGAAGUCAGCCCAUUUAGGCCUUAAGGAAGGCAUUGAAAUCUCAGUUCAUAGAGGUGCAAGUUUGAAAAUGCAGUUUAGUCUGGGGAAAGAAAAGGGUGAAACAAGAAAGCAGCAGAGUUGCACCUGCAGGAGGGGCCCUGGGCUCAGCUCCUGCCUGGCUGGUGUUCCCUCACUGCUCUCAGCUGCUUCCAGCCUUCCCUCCAGUGCCAGCUUCGUCUCCUCCCUCAGGUGCUGCAAACAGGUGGGAGCUGAGCCAGGGGAGGAAGUGGGAAGCUUGGCCUGCAGUCAGCCAGGGAAAGCACCCUCAGGAAAGCACCCUCACUUCCCAUCAGGAAAACAGCAAUACUGAAAUUGAGGCGUUUUUAUUCUUUUCAGAAUCUUCUUUAUUAAAAUACUUUCCAAAGUGGUUGAUCAAACUGCCAUAUUGAAUCUGUCAGUAAGGUCAUAUAUAUAUAUAUAUAUAUAUAUAUAUAUAUGGUUAUAUGUACAAAUAUACACAUGGAUAUUUUACUCUGUAAAGUAACUGCAACUCCAGAGAGAAGCAGAACAUUUAACCUGAUAGAGCACCUGAAACCAAACACCCAGCCCUUGGCCCUGGCUCAGGCACAGGUAGAGCCUGAUCUGCUCCAGGAUUCUCUUUCUGUCCUUCAUUGGGCACAUGUAGAAGCCAUGAAAUAAUUUAGGACAUUAUUGAAAAUACGUAUUGAAAAUGCAUCAGUCUUUUAAACAAAGGCUUUUCAGACCACAUCCUUGUCAGCAAAGCAUCUCCUUGCAAAGCCUUUGGAAAGGGAUGCUAUAGUGUAAAAAGUUAAUUAAAAAAGCAGCAAUUUUGGUGUGACUUA